AUGGCAAACUCACGACGGCAGCGACCUAGCGCGUUUGAUGUUUCGUUUCCUGGAGAGGCUGCAACGCUAUCAGCGCAGGAACGGGCCUCUACAUGUCCUACUUCGUCCAAUGGCAUACCUCAAAAGCGCAGAAAUAACGCGACUAACCACGACAGAGCACCGAAACAACAGCAGCUGCCUCCUGUUGCGUACUACCGGCAUGAAGGACCUGAGGUGAUCGAGACUCAGGAUUUGAACCUCAACGGAGAAGACCUCGACGAUGCGGAGGAACAAGAAGGCACCAAUACGAAACCCAUUAGAAUUCUCACCAACUUUUCGUUCUUCGAUCCGAGACACAGGAAUGAAAUGGUACCGUUGACUGAUCUGGAGGAAGACCAUGGGAAAGAUCAAGCGUUCGAGGGGGCUGGUUAUGCAGUGGCCAAACCGAGCGAUAUGGAUGAGGAUGAAGGACAGGAAGAGGAAGAUGAAGAUGAGCCUGUGUACCUUCGUCUGGGCGCGAUCUUUCGCUAUACAAUCAGCUAUAACCCAGAGGAUGAGUUGGUAUGCAUCGAGACGUUAUUCGCUUAUUAUAUCUUGGAGAAGGCCUCAAAAGCGUAUGAACCUUUCUAUCGGCCUUUCUACACACCUCGGCACAUUGCCAGACUGGUAAUCUUGUUCGCUGCUGAGCAACAUCCCGAGAGCCCCGAGGCUUUCCUCAGAAAUUUCAAGGAAACGGUCGACAUUUUUGGCCGUACAUAUGUGGAACAAGAUCUUUGGGAUGCAGUUCCUGGUAUUCGACGGGCUAUUGAAGAAUUUGACCAGUCUGAUCAGACUCGACUAAGAAAGGCACCUAUCAUCCGGUAUUUGCUCAGUAAAUCACUGCCUACGUCGGACCGGGAACGGCAUUAUAUACCCCAGCCUGCUCGCCGGACAAGAAUAUUACAAUCAAAGGCAUUCAUUGGCGAUCUAGAUACCGCCGUCCUGAAGAAAGAAAAUCUCAAUCGGACCACAGUCACGCCGUCCAUAUUCGCUUUAGCUUGGGGUCGCGUACAUGAGAAGUUGGAUAUCAUAGGGCCUCCUUAUCACCCCCUCAGCAAGGCAGAGAAGGAGAGUCAAAAGAGAGAAGCCUUUCUACGCCUAUGCCGGCUUGUAACAAAAGCAAAGGGGCCCAACCCAACCGAUUGGUCAAAGGACGAAAGGGUUUCCCCGACAUCCGAAUUCUUAAAGUCGGCCAUAGUUGGUGGCGAAAAGUAUGAAGUUGGGGAUGUUGUGCUCGUAAGAAACGGUGAAGCUCCAUUUUGGACGCUAAACGCGGAUGUAAAUGAUCUGUCGCCUGAAGUUAUUUUGCCAGACUUGUUCUGGUUUGCAAGGAUUAUCUGGAUCUCUCACGCCAACAUGAUGUACCACCUUCAAUGGUACAAUCAUGGCUCACAGAUCAUGCUGGGGGAGCUUGCCCAUCCCCAAGAAAUCUUUUUAGCCAACCAGUGUGAAGAAAAAGAGCUCGAAACAAUUGUCGCCAAGGUCAAAGUUCACGAUGGCCCUUUUAGUAACGCCGUGAAGAGGGAAGAGUUCUUUUGCCGAUUUAUGUUCGAUGAAGGUUCAGGCGCAUUUACAUCCAUUGAUAGCGACCUCUUGGCCAACCUGAGAAGUCUCCCGCCAAGAGACAACUGCGCUUCUUGUCAAGUUAUGGCGGAACGAACACGAACGGAGAAGAUGGAAAGGGUUAAUACCGAUGGGAGGUGUCAAAACGGUGUUACAUACAACGGUAAAACAUACCACAUAGACGACGUGGUUCUGUUUAGGGCGGAAAGCGGGCCAGCGCAUAUUGGGUGUGUCACAAGAUUGGAGUUUCCUCGACGCGAAACAGACUCGAAGACCCCGACAAUGGUUCAAGUGAGAAGGAUCGGUCGGAUUAGUUCUCUUAAACAUAUCCUGCCACAAGAUGUACUCGUUGAUGAGCGACAUCUCUUUCUAACAAAAGAGAUGACCACUUUCAAUGCUGCCGAUCUCAUUCAAGUUGUUCUCGCCCCUCCAAUGUCGUCGCUGACGGGCGAAGACGACCUCGAGGAGUGGUUGGCCCUCUCGCCGGAUCAUUUCUACCUGCGCUACCAGUUCGAUUCGCUCAACCCCGAAACGUGGAAUCAGAGGCAAAAGAUGCCGAAGAACGAGGAUUUUCUUGUCUGCCAAACUUGCUGGAGGGACAGACUGCGAGAGAAGAAGCUGGCGAGCCAAUUCUCUGCAUAUCUCGAGCGUGAUCCCCUUCCGACUUUGGAUCUUUUCGGAGGGGUUGGUGCCUUUAGUAAAGGUCUUGCAGAGGGCAGCGAAUGCCUUCGUGUCACCCACGCCGUUGAAAUCGGGCCAAGUGCUGCGAAAACCCUUGAACGAAAUUCGCCCGGUACCAUUGUUUAUAAUCAAUGCGCGAAUACCAUGCUCCGUUAUGCGAUCAAGUCUUGUGAAGGCCAUAAACCUGAUCCACCUGUGCAGUUAUUUGAUGGAAAGACACCAGUACCUGCACCUCCAAAACCCGGCGAAAUCAAAGUGUUUACUAUUGGUUUCCCAUGUCAAACCCAUUCCACGUUGAACAGGUUCCAAGACGUGAGAGACAUCAAGAGCAACUUGAUCCUAAACGCACUCUCCUGGAUUGAUUUCUAUCGACCUAUGUUGUGUUAUUUCGAAAAUGUUGCUGGAUUUCUCCAGUUUCGUGUUUUUCAUACGGAGAACUCAGACGUAGAGGGAAUAGAAAUGGGUGGGCUGAAAUUACUCAAACGGGGUCUUCUUGACAUGGGAUACCAAGUACGCGAAGGUCUCCUCCAAGCCGCUCAUUACGGAACCCCCCAACGCCGGGAGAGGUUCUUCCUGAUUGCCGCGCUUGAUGGUACUCCUCUCCCAGCUCUCCCUCAGCCCACCCACGAUUUCCCCAAGGAAUUUUUCAAAAACACCAACAGUGACGUAACAUACAAAACAACUCCAUCGACAUCACUCUCGAUCGUCUAUCCUAACAAGAAGAGGAUACAACCGAUACGCUCUGCAAACGGUACGGCACUCCAUCCAUGUGUUACAAUUGGAGAUGCUAUCGAUGACCUUCCGCGAUUUGAUUGGACUCAUCGAGAUGAGCAGCGUAGUCGCCGGGGAAGAGAAGGUGUCCCAGGAUUUCCAUGCGAUACAGAAGCACUCGCUCGUCGAGGGGUUAAACAAUGUGGCUAUGUGGGCCGGCCACCGUACCAUCAUCCACCGAAAACGGUGUACCAACGUCAGGCUCGAAUGAAACCUGUCAGGAACUUGCAACAUUUUACCAGGAUUCUCAAGGCUGAUACGGUAAAGCGGUGUAUAAACAUUCGAUUGGAGCCCAAUGCAGAUUAUAAAAGUACAUUGCUUUUUGCUUUCACCAUGGUUAUUACUGACGAAUGGAGAAAAGCUCUGCGUGCUGACCUAUUGGAGUGGAACACUGCCAACCCGUCUUCGGCAAUGGUGCGAAAAGGUUUCAAGUCUGGUGCAUAUGGGCGUCUAGAUAUGAACGCUGUCUUUCCUACCACAGUCACCAACGCAGGACCUACAGCCAAGCAAUCGAGAUGCCUUCACCCUGAUUCCCAUCGGAUGCUGACUAUCCGUGAGUUCGCAAGGUCCCAGGGCUUCCCGGACUCUUUUGAAUUUGUGUCAUUGAAGGACAAGGUCAUUACGAUACAAAGGCAAAUCGGCAACGCCGUACCUCUUCCACUAGCCAACGCUCUUGGACGCGAACUCCGGGCAGCACUUUUCCAGAAAUGGAAGCGAGGUCAGGAGGACGCCAUCGUGAUCGACGAUGUCCCUCCAAGUAGCGACGAUGAUCCUAUGGAUAUUAGUUAA